UAUAUUUUUUUUGUAGCUGCUGGAUUUCGAUUUUGAUCGAAAAUUAAUCAAAAACAUCUCAUCGACUGCGUGGAAGUCAGGCAAAAUAACAUGGCAACUUUACUGAUGACGUUCCAGUUGUUUUUUGUGAUUAAAAAGUGAAAAAUAAUAGUAUCAAAUGCGCCUGAUUAGUCCAUCUGGUAGUAACCAGACAGUACAUUCAUUUGGUAAUUAAUUAAUAUAACAAAUUAAAAAAAAUUGUUAUCAAAUUAUCAAAUAAUUCAUAAAGGAAAAAAAAAAAUUUGACAAAUAUUAUUUAUACUCAUUUAUUUUGAUUGAAAGCUAAUAAAAAAAUAUUAUCAUCAUGAACAUGUGGAAAAUGCGAGAAUUAAUGGACAAGGCGACAAAUGUCGUGAUGAAUUACACUGAAACAGAAGCAAAAGUACGUGAAGCUACAAAUGAUGAUGCCUGGGGACCAACAGGUGCUAUGAUGCAAGAGCUUGCUCAAGCAACAUUCACGUAUGAACAAUUUCCCGAUGUAAUGUCAAUGCUUUGGAAGAGAAUGUUGCAAGAAAAUAAACGUAAUUGGCGUCGUACGUACAAGGCAUUGUUGUUGUUGAAUUAUCUUGUACGUAAUGGUUCUGAAAGAGUUGUAACAUCAUCACGUGAACAUAUAUUUGAUCUUCGUUCAUUGGAAAAUUAUAGUUAUGUUGAUGAAACUGGUAAAGAUCAAGGAAUAAAUGUACGUCAUAAAGUACGUGAGCUAAUUGAUUUUAUUCAGGAUGAUGAUAAACUACGUGAUGAACGUAAAAAAGCUAAAAAAAAUAAAGAUAAAUAUAUUGGUAUGUCAAAUGAAGCUAUGGGUAUGAAUUUUGGUGCUGGUGAUAGAUGGUCAGAUAAUCCAAAAUGGACAAAACCAAAAAUUGAUUCAUACAAUGAUUGGGAUAAAGAUAUUGGUAAAAAUAAAGAUAAUAAUUAUGAUGAACAUAAUAAUAGUGAUGAUGGUGAACGUGAAGAUUCAGAUAAUGAUCAACAACAUCAACCACAUCAACAACAACAUCAUCAUCAUCAACAACAAAGUCCUAAUAAAUUUAGUGAAAAAGAUAAAUCAAUUGAUAAAUUUGAUAAAGUUAAAAAAAUAAUAACAACAAAUAAUAAUUUACAUAUUAAUAAAAUAAAUAGACAAAUUAAAAAAGUUGAUCUUGGUGCUGCAGCUAAUUUUGGCAAAGAACAACAACAAUUAUCAAAUAAAAAUACAGAUUUAAUAAAAACAAAAAAUAAAAAUGAUAUAUUAAAUGAUUUAUUUGAUAAUAAAAAUAAUGACAAUAAUAAUACAAGAUCAAUUAUUGAUAAUGAUGAUGAUGAUGAUUUUAAUCCAAGAGACAAUGAUUAUACACCAGUUGUUAAUAAAAUUAAUAAUAAUUUUGGUGAUUUUACAAAUGCAUUUAGUGGAGUUAAUAAUAAAAAUGAUAAAAAUGAUGAAUUUGCUGAUUUUACAACAGCAUUUGAUUCAAAUUUAACAAUUGGUAAUGAUAAUUGGGGAACAACAACAACAAAUUUACAAAAAAAUACACUAAAUAAUUCUGUCAAUUCAAAUGUUGGAGGUGGUUCACUUGGCACAGAUUUACUUGCUGACUUUGAUGGCUUCACAUCAUUUAGCUCAAAUACAUCAAGUAAUAAUGUCAAUGCUUUUAACUCAAAUAAUAUGAUGAUGAAUCAAAAUGCAAAUUUAACAAUUGAUACAAAUUUAUUAUCACCAAUGAGUGUUAAUAAUUCUCAUACAAUUGGAUCAUCAAAUAACAACAUAUUGACAACUCAAGUUGGUUCAACUUGGGCUGGUGCAGGUUUAAAUAUUGAUCUUGAUAAUCUUCUUGGUAAUAAAAGCAAACAAACUGGUGCAGUAUUGAGUAUGAAUCAACUUGCUAGUAACAGUCCAACUCAUCAAGCACCACGUUCAUUUGAGGAUACAAUUACAGUGCCAACAACAACAAUGGGACUUGGCAGUCCAAGAGCUCCAACAACGCAGCAAUCAACUAAUUUUUUUCCAAAAUUUCCCUGAGAUAUAAAUUUUGAAUUUAUAACAUCACAAUUAAUUUAAGUUAUUAUUCAGAUUGUUUAUCAACAGCUAGGUAUGUUAACUAACAAAAAUUUAUGAUAUUUUGUUUUUUUUUUUUUCUUUUUUAAAUAAAAAUUAUACAAUUAAUUUGAUCAACAAAGUUUUUGUCAUGUUAAUAUUGUAAAAAUAUAUAUACAAUCGAGUAAAGUGUCUUUCAAUAAUUAAUAACAAAUGAAAGAUUUUUAAAAUUGUUAAAAAUAUAUUAUAUAUCAAGUCGCUAAUGUUUAUCGUUUUUUUAAUUAUUUUUUUGCGACAAAGAGUGAUGGACAAUACGUGCUUCCCCCCAAAAUAUUAAUAUAAUAAUUGCACCAA